AAAUAUGGAUUUAAUUAAAGUCCAACCAUUAAUUUUGGCUUUGUCAUUAGUAUUACUCAUUACUCUACUAAACAAACCAAAAUACAGGCAGCCGACUGCAAAGUAGAUAGGCCCUGUAAUUAAUUCCAUGAUUACUUUUCGGGGGAUAAUCUCUCUCUAAACGAUGACGAUCGCUCUGGCGGCUCCACCUGUCCACUUCCCUUUCGCCACCUGCGCCGCUUCCUUACAGUCUCACCUCCUCUCACUGACCACCGCGCAGAACGCACAGAAACCAUGGCCGAAUCGGAAGCAACCUCGUCGUCUAUCAACGGCACCGACUCCGGCGACAAGGCCAGUUCCCGCACCCUCCACAUCGGCGACGGCGGGGACGAAGGCUUGACUCUCUAUGCCGUCCUCCAGCGGAUGGUGUCGUCGAUCUUCGCUCCGGCCAGUGGUGGCGAUCCCGCUCCGCUGCUGCAGCGGAUCAAGGCGUCGCUGUCGGAGAACGGACCGCUGCUGAAGGACGCGACUACUAACACCGGACGGAAGAUUCUGGUCUGGACUCGGAACGGCAGCCAUCUCCGCGCUCUGCUCGUCAUCUCCGUCGGGACGAUUGCUCUUCUUGCAAUGACGGGGAUACUGGUCUUCAUGCUGUUCUUCCUGGCAGCCACCAUCAACGCCAUUGUCAUCUCUCUUCUCAUGUCAUUGGCUGCUGCCGGAGGCUUCUUGGCUCUCUUCUUCACCUGUCUGGCUGCUAUCUACAUUGGGGCGUUAUCAAUAGCGAUAUUCGCCAUUUCGACUGCAACGAUCUCAGCAAUCAUCGCUGUCGCGGUGGCUACAGGUUGGAUCGGAUUCUUCUGGACCAUCUGGCUAGUGACAAAGAAGAGCGUAGGCGUCGCCACACAUUCACUGAGCUUGACCGGGUCAGCCAUUUCCACGUACUCAUCAGCCUGGCAAAGUCGCCACCAUGUAGCAGAGAAAGAAGAAUGAAAAGCUUGCAACUGGAAAAGAAAGGAUCACUUGUGCUCUAAGUAACCUGUUACCACCCUUCCUCAUAAGGCAAGCCUAAAAACAGAAAGAAAAACACUGUAUUGUAUAUGUUAAUGGCUCUUCUUCUCUGCUUCUUCAAGUCUAUCGGUAAAUUCUCAUCUUGCGCACUGGCUUUGUAUUAGUUUUGCCCGUUUUCCUCCCUGCAAUGGCUUGCUUGCUUAGGGUGCUAAGAGAUUUCAUAUAUAUAGACAAAGCUUAGGGUGCCGUAUUAGUUUGAACAUGCCUUGUACUGUAUGUACAUUGUUUCCUUCUACAAAUAUCUACUGUUUUUCCCUUUGUUUCUAAGAGGAUUCAUGGAUUCGGAACAUAAAAAGAUGGCAUUGAAUCUGAAAUCUGAACUCACAUUGAAUUGUAUUCUUAUUCGAUCCGGUCCAACUCGGUUCGAAUAUCAAUGUGUGGGCAGACUUGCAGUUUGCAUUGAAAACAAAGUUUGUUACACUCUGCUCCAUCCACCCAUGUACACAAACCCUUUCCUUCAUCUGCAUCUGUUUCUGCAGCCCGGUUAUAGAUUCUGGAACGGGGGUAUCGUCGGGAGGGUACGACGACGACGUACACUCCCGACAAGACGAGCUGAGAAUGUUCGUGAUUGUGCUAGCCAUUCAUCUCGUCAGAAGGUUUCCAUGGCUGCUCUCCUCCAAGUGAUCUGCUUGGAUGGGAAAGGUUUGGAAGUGGUACGGUUCAAGGCCAGCAAGGUAGGGCCACCAACUUGUUAAAAUAUGUAGACAACAUAUAUAGUCAUUUUCGACUUGUCUGUGGUCGAUGCCGACAAAGAGACGAGCAGAUACACUUCCGUUCCUGGCCUAGAGGCUAGAAGGGAUCUUUCGUCGGCAGAAAUUUAAAGGGCAUGGUCCAGUUUUUUUCUGGAUCACUGAGUUAGUAUAGCACUUGUAAUUUCCGAUUUUGGUAUUCGUUCCCGUGUUUUUUACGUUAUGGUCCGGCCCUCUUUAUUUUUUUUUUUUUAAAUGUGGUCUAAUGUUCUAUCAUGUUCUGAAUCCGUCUCUGCCGUCCGGUACACCUCUGGGAAGAAGACAAGUGUUGCACGACGUGGAUAGUGUUUCGAAAUUCGACAAUCGACAUGAAGGGACACGUACAAUAUUUAUACACCGACGAUGGAGAAAGAAUACGGUGCAUGAGAUCAACGUCGAUGGCAGUGGAUUUGGCAUUAUAAACACAAGAUGUCAUC